AUGGAGGUGACCACCGUGUCCCCUCUUUUCAGCUCACCAACCAAUGGACCUGGUGAGUGUGCGAUAGAUGUCACCAACGUGGCCAUUCACAGUGUGACACUGCUCGUCUGCCUCUGUGGGCUGGCUGGGAAUGGGGCUGUCCUCUGGCUCCUCCACAUUCAUGGCAUCACCGACUUCAUCUUCAACCAGGCUUUCACUGACUUCCUCUUCCUCGUCUUCACAGUGCCCUCCUCCCUGCUCUUCCUGCUGGAGGAAGUGUCCUGCUCUGCUAUAAUGCCCCAGAUGUAUUUGAGCUUGCUUUUCCAGCUGUCGCUCUUCUCCUACAACAUGGGGCUGUACCGGCUGAUGUUCAUCAGUAUCGACAGGUGCAGGUCCAUCCUCUGCCUGUUUUUCUGUGUUUGUCAAUUUCCUGACCGCCUGUUGUGGGUGUUGAUGAGUGUCCUGUUCUGGGCCUUCUUCUUUGUUGUCAUGGCUCUCAAUCCAACAGUGGCUUCCCUGUGCCAGUUCCAUGAAGUCUGCCAGAUGCCUCUCAUCUCCAUGUACACCCUCCACCUCCUCCUCUUUGCUCCCUUAAUGCUCAUUUCCAAUAUUCUACUGCAUUCAGGAACGUGUUGCUCACAGAAGGGCAAGCCCAAAAGACUCCACAUUGUUAUCUUCCUCUCUCUCCUCAUGAUUCUCCCCCUCAGCCUCUGGAAUUUCCUGCAACAGCUCAGCUACACCAUCCUGCUUUUCCUGCUUGCUGGCAUCAAUAACACCAUCAAACCCUUCAUCUACUUCUUGGUAGGGAGAUGCUGGAAGAAUUCCUCCAUGACGUCCCUGAGGGAAUCUCUGCAGAAGAUCUUGGGGAGCCAGAAGAAGACACAGCCAGCAGCAAUGAUGCCCCCAAGGACACAGGGGUCUGAGCGUGUUGAUCCCUUCCACUGCACUGAUGAAGCACCCCAGGAGAGUGGCUGGGGGAUUCCCUGA